AUAAAUAUAAUAAACCAAUAUAUAUCACCACCAGCGUUUUGCUUUCUUAGAUUCUUAAGAGUGUUUGUGAGAAUGGGUCACACAACCUUGGAAGUUGGAGCUGAUGGGGUUGGCAUCAUCACCAUCAUCAAUCCCCCUGUUAAUUCUCUCUCCUUUGAUGUGUUGAGCAGUUUAAAGGAGAAUUUUGAUCAGGCUUUACACAGAGAUGAUGUCAAGGCAAUUGUUGUUACAGGUGCAAAGGGCAAAUUUUCUGGUGGUUUUGAUAUUGCUGGUUUUAGUAGAAUUCAAGCGGGAAAAGAGAUUUCAAACCCGAGUUUGCUAUCAGUUGAAAUCAUCACUGACACUGUGGAAGCGGCAAAGAAACCUACAGUUGCUGCCAUCGAUGGUCUUGCCCUGGGUGGGGGGUUAGAGCUUGCAAUGGCAUGCACGACUCGGUUAUCAACCCCAACUGCUCAACUAGGUUUGCCCGAACUUCAGCUGGGGUUAAUUCCCGGGUUUGGAGGGACGCAACGACUACCUCGUCUUGUUGGCCUGGCAAAGGCCCUUGAGAUGAUGCUGACCUCAAAGGCAGUUAAGGGGGAGGAAGCUUGUAGUUUGGGGCUUGUAGAUGCUGUAGUAUCACCUGAUCAGUUGGUGAACACUGCACGGCAAUGGGCUCUGGAUAUCUUGGAACGCCGACGACCAUGGCUUUGUAGUCUUUACAGGACUGACAAAAUAGAACCCCUUGGGGAAGCAAGAGAGAUAUUGAAGUUUGCAAGAGAUCAGGCACGAAAGCGGGCACCUAAUCUGACUCACCCUUUGGUUUGCAUUGAUGCGAUCGAGACAGGAAUAGUUUCUGGUCCUCGUGCAGGACUCUAUAAGGAAGCUGAAGUCUUUGAAGGGCUGGUUACUUCAGAUACUUGCAAGAGCUUGGUUCACGUAUUUUUCUCUCAACGAGGAACAUCUAAGGUACCCGGGGUUACCGAUCGCGGGUUAAAACCAAGAGCAGUAAAAAGGGUUGCAAUUCUUGGUGGAGGACUGAUGGGCUCCGGAAUAGCAACAGCCUUAAUUCUUAGUGGCUAUCCUGUUCUCUUGAAAGAAGUAAAUCAGAAGUUCUUGGAUGCUGGUCUUAAUAGGGUUAAAGCAAAUUUACAAAGCCGUGUCAAGAAAGGGAAAAUGACUCGGGCAAAAUUUGAAAAAACCUUGUCUCUUCUCAAAGGUACCCUUGACUAUGAAAACUUCAAAGAUGUGGAUCUGGUGAUUGAGGCUGUUAUUGAGAAGGUUGACUUAAAGCAACAGAUCUUUGCUGACCUUGAAAAGUUUUGUCCACCUCAUUGCAUACUUGCAAGCAACACUUCCACAAUUGACUUAAACCUGAUCGGAAACAGGACCAAGUCUCAAGACCGGAUUGUUGGGGCCCAUUUCUUCAGCCCAGCACAUAUUAUGCCUCUUCUGGAAAUUGUACGUACCGAGCAUACAUCUGCCCAAAUAAUAGUUGAUUUGCUAGAUGUUGGAAGGAAGAUAAAAAAAACUCCAGUGGUGGUCGGAAACUGUACUGGAUUUGCUGUUAAUAGGAUGUUCUUCCCAUACACUCAAGCAGCUUUCUUGCUUGUUGAUCAUGGUGUAGAUGUUUACCAAAUUGACAAGGCAAUAACCAAAUUCGGAAUGCCGAUGGGGCCUUUCAGAUUGGUUGACCUCGUUGGUUUUGGAGUGGGGGUUGCAACUGCCAUGCAAUUUAUUGAGAAUUUUCCUGAGAGAACUUAUAAAUCGAUGCUUCUUCCACUUAUGAUAGAGGAUAAGAGAGCAGGUGAAACUACUGGCAAAGGAUUUUAUUUGUAUGAUGAUAGGCGCAAGGCUAGACCUGAUCCGGAAUUGAAAAAUUAUGUUGAGAAAUCUAGGAGCAUUACUGGUGUCACUGUUGAUCCCAAGCUCGCAAAAUUACCUGAAAAAGACAUCAUAGAGAUGACCUUCUUUCCUGUGGUGAAUGAGGCUUGCCGGGUCCUUGACGAAGGUAUCGCAGUCAAAGCAUCAGAUCUUGAUAUUUCGUCUGUGAUGGGCAUGGGUUUUCCACCUUACAGGGGUGGUAUCAUGUUUUGGGCUGACUCUCUUGGAUCCAAAUAUAUAUACACAAGAUUGGAGGAGUGGUCAAAAUUGUAUGGAGAAUUCUUCAAGCCUUGUCCCUACUUGGCUGCAAGAGCUGCCAAGGGGAUCCCUCUGAGUGACUCAGUGGAGCAAGGAAAGUCACGGUUAUAAGAUUGAAUAGACCAAUGCAUGUUCAGUUAUUAUAGUUUCUGUUCAAUUAUGUAGGAUUAUUGAAUACUCAAAUGAAAUGUGAUAUUAGUUUGUAGAAACAUAUAUAUAUCAUAAUGGCAACCCUUCUAUAUAGUUAGUUGCUGCAAUCAACUUCUUGUGUUAAGAUA